UGCUGUGAUCUGCCAGCGAGGGGCGCCAGGGCGGCCUGCAGAACCCGAGGGACGUGGCUUCCUUCUCUGGUCUCUCUCUGACUAAGUGAAAGAAGACAAUCUGAUAAAGCUACACAGUAUAUGACUCCAGCUAUGUGACAUUCUGGAAAAGGCGGAACUAUGGAGGCAGUAAAAAAACGGGCGGUCGCCAGGGCUAAGAGGAGAGACCGGUGAGCAGGCAGAGUACAGAGGGUUUUAGGGCGGAGAAACUACUCUGAAGGAUAUUAUAAUGGUGGAUACAUGGCAUUUGUACUUCUGUAGAAAACCAUAGCAUACACAACCCAGGAGUGACCCUAUGGAAGCGUGGGCGUGGGAGGACACUGACCUGUCAACGCGGGUCCGUCGGUGGUCACCCGUGCACUGUCGGGCGGGGGUUGAGUGGGGGUACGGUUCGCGUGUGGGGCAGGGGUGCCUUCUGCUCAGUUUUGCUGUGAACCCAAACUGCUCUAUUUUCCAAAAAUGUUCGUUUAAAGUUUUUAUUUUAAACGUGAAAGAGCCAAAGAGAGGAAACGUGUUUAAAUCGUGAAUGACUGGCACAUGACCAUCUUCUGCGACCCAUGAAGAGCCUUACCCAGGACACAACGCAGACGGAAUCGACUUGAAGCCACGGAAGGACAGGACCCGUCGUGACCAGGCAGGUCACCCCGGGCCCAGCCACGGGCGGACACACCCACAGCAGGGACGCUCCCGCGCCAGUUUCGGAAACCUGCAGCUUGGAAGGCAGCUGAGAACAGCUUCCUCACCCUGAGAGGCGCAAGCGCGCGGGCGCGAGUACGCUGGGGACACCGGGGACACCGGGGGACAGGGACAGCCCUGCCCCCACCCCCGGGGCGGCUGCCCAGGCUCUCCUGUGGGGGGGGCGGGUGACUCAGCAGUUCUGCUUCCCGGCGGGCUGAGGCUCAUGGGAGAUAUGCAGAUGAGCCCAGGGCACCAUGGGAAACAAGCCUUUAUAUUCCCAGGCGCCCGCGGGACCCAGGCGCCAGGCGGUGAGAGCCCCUGGCGCUGCGAGGAGAGGGCUGGGGAUACACGAGCUGGCCCUGCGCGGUGGGGCCGGGGCUGAGGUGACCCCCUUGGGCCACGAGGGUCAGCUCGGGCGGUGGAGACGCUGCCAGUUUCCGCCAGGUUCCACUGGGUACCGCCAGGUUCCAUUGGGUUUCGUCGGGUUCCGUCGGGUUCCGCCGGGUUCUGCCGGGUUCCAUUGCGUUCUGUUGGGUUCCCUCAAGUUCCACCAGGUUCUGUCGGGUUCCGCCAGGUUCUCUCAGUUCUGUCAGGUUCCAUCAGGUUCCAUCGGGUUCUUCCAGGUUCCAUCGGGUUCCGUCAAGUUCCCUCAGUUCCGUCAGGUUCCAUUGGUCCCGUCAGGUUCCCCGCGUUUCUCAGGGCCCCCAGGCAGGCGGCCCAGGACUCGGGGUGCAUAUGGGGGCGGGGCUGGUGACCCCUCCCCCAGCCCAGAGGCAGCUGUGUGGAGUGUGGGGGUGAGGGGUGGGGCGGCCUUGGGCGGUGUGAACCCAGGUCCGCUGCCCACCCGCCGGGGACGCCUAACCCACGGCCUUACCUCCGCAGCCCGCCCCCGGCACAGAGCGGGGGCAGCAGCCGAAGCCGGGCCUGCGAUCCAGGCCCCGCGGAGCUGGCCCGGCCCCCCGGCCCCAGGCGCCCCCAGGACGCAGCGUCCGGCCUCCACCUGCCCGCCUGCCCCCAGCCCCGCUUCCGUGCCGCGUGGGGCCGAGGGCGCGUCCGGCCUCCACGCAGCCUGGACGUAUGGGCUUUGCUUCGCCUGCUUCAAGGCGGCCUUCCUGGAACUGAAAGAAGCGCUGGAGCUCGAGGACUGGCGGACGACCGCUGGGGCCCCGAGCUGACGGGCUCCGCCGAGGCGGGGCCGGGCUUUCCGCAGUCAGCCGCCGCGGGGCCGGACGGGUGGGCCUGGACCGCCGCCCCGUGCCCACCGAGCUGCAGCCUCAGGAUGCGGCCCCCUGGGCCUGGGUCCCGAGGGCGCUGACUGGACCCAAGGCCUCCCCUGGAGACUCGGGGCGCCCCCUGCCUGCUCGCACUGGCCGAGGCCCCCUCCUCCGUGGCAGGGGUUCCUCAAGGUGGGCCUGCCCCCCGGGGAGCCCAUGGCGCUGGAACUGGGCACCACCCGGGCAGUGGACCCGACCGCGGCCGAGGCCUGGUUACUGGACCUGCAGGGCGUCCCCAUGGAGGGCUGCUACGGUGCCACCUGCCUGCGGAAGGGGACGCCGGGCCGGGCCCUGAGGCCCUCGGGCCAGUGUUGGAAGCUGCUGCUGGGGCCCGAGGAGGUGUGGGUGGUGAGCCUCCACGAUGCCCCGCAGGUGCAGGAGCCGCAGAGGUGGAAGCCGAGCAUUCUGGAACCCUCUUGCCCAGGGCAGAGCCGAGAGCUGGUCCCGGCGCACUCAGCCCUGCUUGAGAGGGGGCUCGCCAUCCUCCCCCACUCGCCCUGGCCUGGAAGCGAGGCAGGCGGGGGGCUCAGCCUCUAGGCCACAGUCCUCCCCGCCAGCACGGGGUCCCAGCACCACGGGGAGCUAGAGCGGCGGGCCCAGGGCGCCUGGGGAGAGCCUGGCUGCCCUGGGAGCCUCGGCUCUGGGGGAGCUGCCCCGUUUCCAGCCCUUCAGCCCCGGGCCCCAGAACUGAGGGACGGAGGCAGGCCCACCUGUCCCCUGCCUGCUGGUCCUGGCUGCCCCCCCACAGGAGCCAAGGGAACAGGUGGCGAAGGAUGGGGACUUGCCCCUGAGGAGGAGGAAUGCUGAGCGGCCUGGAGACUGAGCGGGGGACCCACCUCGUCCUCCUUGGGAAGGGCUUCAUGCCCAUCACGGGGACACGUUCCUCCCCGUCAGAGGUCACAGUCAGGCACGUGACGCUCUCCAGGACGCGCUGCGUGAACACAUGCCGUACAGAGUGCGGAGAACCCCGCCCUGGAUGCGGGGAGAGAUGCCAUGUGGGACACACUCCCAGGAACAUGCUGGAGCCCAGGGGCCGCGUGGUGGCCUGAAGGGCUCUGGGACGCCACAGGCCCCUGUCGGCAGCACCGGCACUGCGGUCUGCAGUUGGGGACACCUGGUUUCACAUGCAGGCCGUUUUAUAUGGUUGGCCGUCUAGUUCCCGUUUCUUUGGACGUUGUUUUUAAUGAAAUAAAGCUGUAUUAUUUUUGC